AUCAAAUCGUCAGUGGUGAAUUGAAAUCUUGAACCGGUUCGUAACCGCAACGAUUAUUAAUGGUUCGCGAAUAUAGUUAUUUUUUAUAUACAGGGGUUGUACGAAUUGUUUGCGAUGAGGGAAUCGUUGAAAUGAUAGAUUUUCGUUGGGGAAAAUUUUAAUAAUACAAAAGUGAUAUUUGUAAGUAUGGAAAUAAGUGAUUUUUUUAGAUAAAGUUUUAUUUUGGUUUAUGUUUUUUUCAAAAAUUUGGAGAUUUAGAGUUGUGGUAUAUUUUUAUGUGAUUUUUAUAUUUCGAUAGAGACUAAUAUGAAAUUUGUUUAUUGAAAUUUGAUUUUCUACAAAAAUUGAGAAAAAAAAUCCGAAUAGAAAAUUUAUAAUUUUGAAAUUUCAAUUCCAAAAGGUGAAUAUAUGAAAAAAUUACAUAAUUAUUACAUAUUUGUCGUAAUUAAAAACCUAUUUGUUAUGAAUUAAAAUAUUAUUAAACAGUGAAUAUCACAAGGAAAAAUAUAUAACCUUUAAAAUGGUUAUUUGUUUGGUUACAUAACCUCAAAUAGUUCGAAAUUUUGAGGUUAUGUACAAAAAGAUUUAAAUAGGAAGCUAUUUCGAUGUUUAAAAAGAUAAAAGGAUAAAAGAAAAAGGAUUCUAAGGACGAAAUAGUUUAUAAAAUCAAGUUUUAAUAUCGAUACAUACCUUCCUUGGUUAGCAUUAGCCUUAUCAGCAAGAAACUGUUGUUUAAAGUGUCCCGAUUUACCGGCUUCUUCGGCGGAAAAUUUACCGAUGUCUUUACCUCCCUUGAACGCGGCUCCGGCGUUUUCGCCGAAACUUCCUGCUUGGUUAUUGAACAAGUAGUUGCCGCCUUCGUCGUGAUCUUCGUCGUAGAAUUCUUCAGUUUUUCCCGAUUCGUGUUUUUGAUGAGAAUUUUUGAAACCUUUCAUCUUGUGUCCCUUCUUAUGACCUUUCAUCAUACUUUGGACACCUUCGUUUUUACCUUCCUGAUCGAAUUUUUUGGCGCCGUGAUAUACUUUACCGUCCUCGUAGAUUUUUUUAUCGCCUUGGGCGCCGUUGUAAUAACCUAUAUCGCCUUUCAUGUCUUUAGCUGCCAUUUCACCUUGAUUAUAACCCGAUUGACCUUUGCCGUAUUCACCGCCGUGAUGACCGUGAGCCUUUUCGUAUCUUAAAUCGUUCAAAUUUUUAUUUCCUUUACUGUAUUGUCCUUCGUUCAUGCUACCACCUCCGUAGCCGUGUAUACCGAUUCCACCUCCCAUACCGCCUCCCAUCAUACCUCCGCCUCCCAUCAUACCGGCACCUCCCAUCAUUCCGCCACCUCCCAUCAUCCCGGCACCUCCCAUCAUUCCGGCACCUCCCAUCAUUCCGGCUCCUCCCAUCAUUCCGGCACCUCCCAUCAUACCGGCGCCUCCCAUCAUACCAGCUCCUCCCAUCAUUUCUCCGCCUCCCAUCAUUCCAGCUCCUCCUCCCAUCAUACUACCUCCUCCCAUACCUUAAAAUAUGUCGUAAUGAAAUAAUUUUUUUUUAUUUUAGUGUCAUUUAAGUUACCGCCCGACAUUCCUGCACCCAUCAUCGCUCCCUUAGUCAUCAUACCAGCUCCACCUGUCAUCAUUCCUGCUCCGCCACCUCCCAUCAUUCCGGCUCCGCCUCCCGACAUCAUUCCGGCUCCGCCUCCUGACAUCAUUCCGGCUCCUCCGCCUCCCGUCAUCAUACCUGCUCCGCCUCCCGACAUCAUUCCGGCUCCUCCGCCUCCCAUCAUUCCGGCUCCCAUCAUUCCACCGCCUGUUCCGAUUAGAUUCGCGCCGCCGCCGCCGCCGCCCAUUCCCAUAGAUAAAUAACUACACAACACAUUUUCUAAAAAUAAGGUGAAAACUAAGGGAGCACUGAUUCUAAUCAUCUUCUUCCGAUUAAACUGAAGAUUCGAAUGAUUUGAAAAUUGUCGAUCGAGAGUUUUUAUACCCGAAUCGUUUUCAACGGUCGUUCGAGCGUCUUUUCACGGUUUGUAUUGUUGGUCGAAAUUUAGGUCUAUUAAGACGGGAUAUACGCUAGAAGAAAAAUUAAGGUUAUGUCCGUUCUACAACGGAAUAUUUGGUAUCAAACUUUGAAUAAAACGGAUUAAAUUUAAUACUGAAAUGGACGGUUAUUGAAAUCGUAAAUAACGAUAUUAAUAUUAUCGCUGCGAAAGAUUGCGGAAGAGAUCAGCGUUUGGUUUGUGGAGGUCUUCCAGAUUGACCUCCUCGAAAAUUAACUCGUUAUUCAAAAAAAAAAUGAAGAUAAAGAAUACCAACUAUCACACGAAGUCAUCCGCUACUAAAUAUUGUCGAAGACGUCGACGCGAAUUCUGCGGAUAAGGAUUAUUGACCCCUGGACUUCGUUUGCCAUAAUCUGGACUUUGUAUUAGAUAUGGAGAAGCUGGUCACAGAAGGAGUUAUCAGAAAUACCAAAUACGAGAAGUUACUUGAUCAAAGAACCAAACUCUAAAGUCAAUUUAGUCUUUAUCAACAAACACCGAAUCCUAGAUGGAUAGGUUAGGUUAGAAAGCUACCAAACCGAAUUGGAACGAUGAUCUUAACUAAUCGGAUACCAGAUGUUGUCUACAGACUUUAGUCCAUGUGUUGGUAACAUAAUUUAAGAGAUACCCAAUAGCUGAUGUCCUCAAGAUCAAUAUUUACUGGUUAACGAUGUUCUCCGGGAGUUUGCAGACGCCCGGAAGGUCUUCGGAGAAGUGCAAACUUGGAAUAUGUUGAAAUACGAUGAUUAGAUUUCGAAUUAAUUUUUUUUUCUUCCACCAUGAUAAACAUAUUUGUUCAAACAAUAUUUCUCGUUAACAAACCAUGAAAUUACUUCGAUAUUUUUUCCUUCCCAACGGUUAUGAAAUAAAUAAUUUUUUUCCAUAUUCCCGACAAUAUUUAAGGUCACGAAAAUAUACCACAAUAAUUUGUUUAAAUCAAAUUUUUUUUUCUUCUUCUAAUAUACAAACUUAAUCAACCGACAAAUCUAUGGUUGUAUAUAUAUGUAUCGAUCCUAAAAUCAACAUUAUCACUUAUCGAAAAUGUUCUCGACGUUGUUAUUAGUUUUAUUUUCAACUGUUUACAAAACAGAAGCGAAAUUUUACGAAACCGAAUUAGGGCCGUACGGUAAAUACAGCACCCAGGAAUACGAUCACGAUUUGGGGUAUCCAUAUGGUCUGGCUUACAAAAAAUAUCCUUACGAACACGAAGUUGUUGUACCGAAAAGUGUAGGUUACGCGGGAGGCAUCCCAGGAUACGGAGGAUUGCGUGAGGACGUUGGAUAUUACGGACGAAAAGGAUUAAUUGGGGUUCCUUUAGGACCCGGUUACGGUUAUGGUCCUGUCGGUUAUUCCCACGUAGUCCCCUACGAAUCCGGUUUAAUAGCAGGACACGCUCCUUUCGGUAUAUCCCAAAUCGACAAAGGAAUUUACAGCGAUGGUAAACAAAAUCUGGUAGGCGAAAAAUUCAAUUACGCGAAAGGGUAUAACGGAGAAUUGGUGAAUCACGGGGACGCCGGUUACGCCGCGGGAACUGUAGGUUUCAAGGACAUCAAAGGGGAUUCGUUACAUUUUAUCGACGCCGACGGUUUAAAAAAAGGACACCACGAAGGUAAACAGUACAACGGGGCGGAAUAUUUCGAUUCGGAGGGUAAACACGGCGACGAGAAAGUUUUGAACGCGAAUCAUAAUAAAGGACACAACAUCAAAGGUUUCAAAAAAUCGCAUCACCUAGACGAAACCGGUAAAACAGAAGAAUUUUUCGAUCACGACCACGACCAAGGAGGAAACUACGUCUUCGACGGACGAUUCGGAAAAUUCGGGGAAGCCGGUGGACAGGGAUACAAGGGAGGAUACAGCGACGGUAGAUUUAAAACAGGGGAGGCGACUAAAGAAGGUCACGUCGGUAACGAAUAUUUCCAAGAUAAAUCUCAAGGAAACCACGGGAAAUUCGGCGAAAACAAAUUCGCCGAAAACGAAGAAGCGUACGGUUUGAAUAAAGGAUUCGGCGAACGCGGAUUAACCGCCCAUCACGAGAACAGCGGUAUUUACAAAAAGCAUCCCGGUUUCGGUUAUUAUUGAUAAAUGAUCAUGUGAUAAAACUUUCACUUACCUUAAUAUUUUUUUUUUCAAUUAAAAUAUUUAUAUAAGUAGUUAAUAAAUAAGGCAUUUCAA